AUGGAUAUGGUGGCAACAAGCUGGAGAUUAACUCCACAGAUUUUGCCACAAUUAUCACCAAAAGUCAAAAGCUUUAGGGUUUAUAGCUCUUCUUCUUCGCUCUCUCCAUCUCCCAUAACCCAAAAAACAUUAUCUUCGAUUCAAAAUUCUGGUGUUAUUGCUUGCCUUCGCGCCAAUAGUGCAGCGCUUGCGUACGAAGCUGCAACUGCUGCGGUGAAAGGUGGCAUCUCAGUUCUGGAGAUAGUGAUGUCCACACCGGGUGUGUUUCAGGUUCUAAGGCAGUUGGUGAAGGACUAUCCUACGUUGGCUUUGGGGGUUGGUACUGUUUUAAAUGCUGAGGAUGCCAGAAAUUCAAUGAAUGCUGGAGCCAAAUUCCUCACGAGUCCUGCUACAGUGAAGGACAUUAUGGAUGAUUUCCAAAAGGAUGAAGUUCUAUACAUACCUGGUGUAAUGACACCCACAGAAAUAUUGUCUGCAUAUGAUGCUGGUUCCAAAAUUGUCAAGGUGAGUGCUAUCAGAUUCCCAUAUUUAACAAAGUUGGUAAAGCAGCUGGUUAUGAGAUGGGGAUGUCAUGAUCUGACGCCAUGUGCACAACCUGCACACAAACUCUAUAGGGGGUAUAUAUCUUCUGGAGCAUCAUCCGUUGUUUUAUCAGAUGCCAUAUUUAAUCAAGAGGCAAUGGCCCAGAGAAACUUCAGUGCAGUAUAUCAACUUGCAAGCCUGGCUGCUUUGGAGGGAAAAGAAGCUGUAGAACGAGGCGUGAUGACAGAAAUGACAGUGCAUGGGAAAUUUUCUGGCCAGAUCUUAGAUGAUUUUUUUAUUCGAAGGUAA